CAAUGUUGUUAUCAAGUCAGAGGCAGAUUAAAGAAAGGACUGCAGAUAAAUGGUUUUUUUUUUAACACGUAUUCGUAUAUUUCAAUAGUAUACUAAAAUACGAUUUCGAGCAGUGCUACUGUAUUCUCGAAGAUUAUCAUAGCGUCUGUCGCAGAUCGUAUGUGGGAGCGUUGCGCACAAUCGCACUGACGCUAUCUACGUAGGCGGAGAAAUGCUUCGACAGAAAUGCGUGACACUUGCUUCAAUGAACCGAAAAUAAUGCAAACUGGACUGUUCAUCAAGUGCGACUCUAGCAGCUGUUGCUUUGCAGUUUGCAUAAUGAUAUAAUUAAUUCGAGUGCAGUGGUAUACAUACAGGUGCAUAUGUUGGAUAUUGCCUUCUAAUUAACGCCAUUCAUCAUAAAUUUCUGUUGAUUAGACUAGUAAAUUCACAAUUCGGAGCACUCGCGGUCGGAUUUUUUUUUUCGAUUUUGAGUACCGAUAACGCAGUUCAAAAUGUUUUCGGUAUUGUGUCGUUUACUAAGCAUUUUAUUGUUUGCUUGCAACACGGCCAAUGCGGCUAAUCUUAAUUGCAGAGAUGAGAAGAAUCAACCUGUCGAUUGGUAUGUACUGUACAAGUUACCGAUAUCAGAAAGCAGCAAUCCUGUGAUUAGAAGCGGUUUAGCGUAUCUGUAUAUAACUAACAAUACCGUUGAUAAGGGUUGGCAAUUAUCCACGGAAAAAAUUAGUGCGAAGAAUUCUAUACCGGGAAUUACAUUAGCACCUUUAUAUAAUGAUUCAGUGGCAUCGAACGCUUUCUUCGUUAUGUACAAUGACGACCCGCCUAAUAGACCCAGCAGUGCAAAAUACGGUCAUGCGAAGGGCGUCGUGAUAGCAAAUCAACAACAGGGUUUCUGGUUAAUACAUAGUGUUCCGAAUUAUCCGCCCAUACCAAAUAGUGGGAAUGACGCAAGACGGGGGCGAAAUGCGGACGAAAAUGCUCCGGGAAAUCGGUCUGAGUACGAUUAUCCGACAUCUGGGGAGAACUUCGGACAGAGUUUCCUGUGCAUAUCCAUGAAUGAUGAUCAGUUCGACGUGCUCGGUCGACAGUUUAUGUACAAUCAGAUAAUAGUGUACUGGAGAAACAUCCCCGGCGCGUUCGCUGACUUGUUUCCGGUACUCGCGGACGCUGCCAAUCAGAAGCGCAUCAGACAAGCACCCUUUAGCAACAAAGAGGUGUUAAGAUCAUCCAAAGGUGUUCAAUUCUUAUCGUUUGCCAAAAGCGAUAAGUGGCAAAAAGACUUGUAUGAUGAAUUCGUCGCACCGACGUUGAAAUCUGAUUUAUUCGCUGAAACAUGGCUGAACGGACGGGGUAGACUACCAUCGGACUGCGAACAUGUAAAAGUGUACAAUGUUAUGUCUAUUCGUUUGAAUGCGGUUGAUAUCGAUUUUAAAAGUAGUCGCGAUCAUUCCAAAUGGGCGGUAACUGUUGAGGGUAAAACUAAUCGAACUUGGACCUGCAUCGGUGACAUCAAUCGAGCGGAUACUCAAUACACACGAGGCGGCGGAACUGUUUGUUUCAAUAAUCGAAAAAUUUGGAAAAAUUAUCGCGGUGCCGUGAAUGAUAUGGAACCGUGUCCCAUACAUCCUAAAGUGGUAAUAGUUUAGCAAAUUCGUUAAUAAUUUUCAUAAUAAUAACGACUUCAUAUUAAUAAUGACGAUUUUGAUUAGUUCUAAACAGAUCUAAUUAUUCUCAUAAUAAUUAUUCUUUGCAUAAUUCGUUAUAUAAUUAAUAUAUAAUUAAAAAACUGAAGAAAUAUUAUUUGACAUACAUUGCAAUAAUUAACAUAUUCUAUAAAACAAGUGCUAUAUAGAUCUGGUUGUAUAUUUGAAUCAUAAAAUACGUGCAAUUUUGUAAAAAUA